AUGUCGGCUGCCGAGAACACGCAGCCUGUGCAGCCCGUGAAGCUCUCGCUGCCUCUGGUCUACCAACAGAAGCUCUUCGAGGAACUACGAAAGGAGGAUGAACUCGUCGUUUUGGCUCGGGGCCUGGGCCUUCUCCGGCUCGUAACCAAUCUUCUCCACUCGUACGAUGCCGCGGGGAACAACCUGAUCGUCGUUUUAGCCGCCGACGACAGGGAAAACGCCUGGAUUGGUGAGGCUCUCGCCGAGCAUGCCGCCAUCAGCAUGUCGUCCCGGGCCCGCGGCCUGACCGUGGUAAACACCGACUUCACCAGCGUAGCAGCCCGUGAGAAGAUGUACGCCGCUGGGGGCAUUUUCAGUAUCACCUCCCGCAUUCUGGUCGUCGACAUGCUUACCGGCCUUCUGAACCCCGAGACUAUUACGGGUCUGGUUGUUCUCCACGCCGACAGGAUUGUUGCAACAUCCUUGGAGGCCUUCAUUCUCAGGAUCUACCGCCAAAAGAACAAGGUUGGUUUUCUCAAAGCCUUCUCGGACAACCCAGAUCCCUUCACUACCGGCUUCUCACCGCUGGCCACUAUGAUGAGAAACAUGUUUCUUCGGAAAGCUUCGCUUUGGCCGCGAUUUCACGUGCACGUAGCCGAGGCGCUGGAGGGGAAGAAGAAGGCAGAAGUGAUCGAGCUGGAGGUCCCCAUGACAGAUGCCAUGCGUAAUAUCCAGAAUGCCAUCAUGGAAUGCGUCGAAGUCAGCAUCCAAGAGCUCAAAAAGGGCAACACCGGGCUAGAAAUGGACGAUUGGAAUCUUGACAGUGCCUUGCUAAAGAAUUUCGACGUCAUUGUCCGCCGCCAGCUGGAUCCUAACUGGCAUCGCGUCAGCUGGAAGACGAAGCAGAUCGUGGGCGAUUUGACUGUUCUGAGGAAUAUGCUCCACUCAAUUCUCGCGCUCGACGCCGUUUCUUUCCUCCAGCAACUCGAUACCAUCCACGCCGCUCAUUCGCCAGCCCCCGGAACGACGAGGCAAACACAGUCCCCGUGGCUGUUCUUGGACGCUGCGCAAGUCAUUUUUGAUACCGCGAAGAGGCGGGUGUACUCUAGCAGCCAGAGGCAGGGUCCAAACAUCACUAACAUUGAUUCCUUGCGGCCUGUCUUGGAGGAACUACCAAAGUGGGCCGUCCUGGCUGAGGUGUUGGAGGAAAUCGACAGGGACCUCUACUUUGAGCCCGCCGCUCGCGAUGAUUCCAAUGGCACCAUCUUGAUCAUGUGCUCUGAUACCGACACAUGCCGGCAGCUCCGCGACUACCUCCAGACCAUGCACGUCAAGCCAAGGACCGAGAAAAAGGUUGAGGAGUUUCACGAUCCGGAAGAGGACAAGCCGUCGGCUGCUUUUAUGAUGAGGAGGAAGUUGCGUAACUAUCUCAAGUGGAAGCGGGAAUUCGCCCAGGUAAACGCCAAUUUGUUUUCAGAGAAUCAGAAGGCCCUCACCGGUGCAGUCGAUCCCCGCCUAGGUCAGUCUAAGAGUAGGGCUGCCGCGAACAAGAGACGCCGCAUCCGUGGUGGCGGAGUGACAGGCGCUGCACCCGGCCGCCUCGACAAUGGUAGCGUCGCGCAGUACUUUGAGAAACCGGGGGAGGUGGCCGAGCUGAUGGCCGAGGUCCAAAUUACCGAAGAAGAAACGAAACAAAAAGAAGACGUCGUCGCAGACCCCCUAGAAGACAUGGACGAUUACUACCAGUUGUACGAAAUGCAAGACCUGGUUGUGGUCCACGCGUACGACGGGGAUAUUGACGAACACGUCUUGGAGGAAAUCAAACCAAAGUAUAUCAUCAUGUACCAGCCAGACGCCGCCUUCAUCCGGCGGGUCGAAGUCUACCGCUCGUCUCACAACGACCGGAACGUCAGGGUAUACUUCCUCUACUACGGCGGGUCAGUUGAGGAACAGCGAUACCUCUCCAGCGUCCGCCGCGAGAAGGAUUCCUUUACCAGGAUGAUCAAAGAGCGCGCCGGCAUGUCUCUCGUCAUGACUGUCGACGCGCACGGCGCCGAAGACCCGCAAGAAGCCUUCCUCCGCACCAUCAACACACGCAUUGCGGGCGGUGGCAGGCUCGCCGCAACCGCCCAGCCGCCACGGGUUGUGGUGGAUGUGCGCGAGUUCCGCUCGUCCCUCCCAUCCCUCCUGCACGGCCGCUCCAUGAUCAUCGUGCCCUGCAUGCUCACAGUCGGCGAUUACAUUCUGAGCCCCGCCGUUUGCGUGGAGCGCAAGAGCAUCAGCGAUCUCAUCAGCUCCUUUAAAGACGGCCGACUGUUUGCGCAGUGCGAGGCCAUGUUCCAGCACUACCGCAGCCCCAUGCUGCUGAUCGAGUUCGAUCAGAACAAGAGCUUCACGCUUGAGCCCUUCGCCGACUUGUCCGGCAGCCUGGCCAGCGUGAGCGCCUCCAGCGCGGGCGCCCACGACCUGCAGAGCAAGAUCGUUCUGCUGACCCUCGCCUUCCCCAAGCUGCGCAUUAUCUGGUCGUCGUCGCCGUACGAGACGGCCGAGAUCUUUGAGCGGCUGAAGGCACAGGAGAACGAGCCGGACCCGAUCGCGGCGGUCCGAGCGGGGCUGGACGGCGACAGCGACCCGCAGGCCGAGGAGCAGGUGUUCAACACGGUGCCGCAAGAGAUGCUAGGAGCAGUACCCGGCGUUACACAGAAGAAUAUCAUGAACUUGGUGCUGGAGACGGAGAACAUCAUGGAGGUGGCUAACAUGACGGUGGAGGAUCUGAAGCCGCUGGUUGGGAAGGAGGCCGCGGGGAAGAUUUGUGGCUUCUUUGCGAAGGAUUUGUUGGAGGAUGAGGAAGGAUGA